AUGGCAGAGCUCCCUUCGCUUGUACGCGUCAAGCGCAAGCGUGGCGAUGAACCUACGGCAGACUUGUUUCUCGAAGAACGGACCCUGAAGAAGCAGCAAGUGUGGCAGUUCCGCCUGCAGCAGACACACCCCUCGCAGCAGCCAUCCGACUCCUCAAAUGGCGGUGUGUCCGCUCCAAACACCUCGCCACCCGCCGUAGACCCCUUUCAGCACCAGCAGCAACAGCAACACCAGCGACAGCAACAGCAACAGCAGCAGCAAGACGCCCUGGUUCGCCGCGAGUUUCGCCUUGCCCGCUCGACACGCCCUCUCCACAGGCGCAUCGAAUCUGUCAGGAAGCGCAAAGCGCAAUGGGAUGCCCAGGAUAUCCCCACCUUUGUCGAAGCCACUCCCAAGCGACGUCGCGUCGGCCAGGAAGAUGCGCCUCCGUCAAUAUCAGACACUCCCGUCUCUACGCCCACCACCCUCAAACGACCCGGCGCAAGCUCCCGGCUGAAGAAGCCCACAGCUGAGACUCUCUUCCAGAGCCCUGCAAAUCCGCCGCCCGAUCGUCUGGCAGACGCCCUGCACCGUUUCGCUUUAGAGGAGGAAGCUCGGGAAGAGGCCCGUAUAAAGCCGAAGGUCACCUCGAUCCCGAAGAAGCCCGUCCAAAGAUACCGACAACGCCACCCCGAGCAGACUCCCGAUGAGCCACAGAGUAUUCACAAAACAGAUGAUGAUGUUGACAUGUUGAGCGAUGACGACGAUUAUGUCUACGAUACAUAUGUUCGCACAAAAGAUCCUGUAGUCCCUGCAAAUGUCGAUUCCGACGAUGCCACCAAUGUCCAAAUCGGCUAUAUCGUCAUCUCCGAAGAAGAUCAACCUCUAUGGGAAACCUAUUUCGAAGAAGAGGCCGAGAGUGACAAAGAGUUCGAGACCGAUGACGAGGACGAGAAUGCCGAAGGCUACUAUGCCGCUGACUAUCCAGAGGAUGAGGUCGCCUCCGAUGACGAGUUCGAUCGAGGCGCUUACGGUUAUCGACAUGGUGGUUCUGAUGAUGAGCAAUGGGCAUCAGACCCCGACGAGUGGAGCGAUGGUGAUGAAGCGAUGCAGAACCCUUGGAAGAAGUUCCCCUGGAUGCGCUCUGCUCAGGCCAACGCCGACGAGCAAGAUGAUGAAGAGCUGUAA